AUGCAGCUCUUCACAUACGUGGUACUCGCCAUCGCCUUGGCAGGCUUUGCGGUACUCAAAUUCAUCCAAUCUUUCAGGGAGAAGAACGACCCAUCCGGGCUACCCGGGCCAAAGCUCAUUCCCUUCUUCGGCCGUGUCCAUGACCUUCCAAUCCAAUACAUGUGGCUCAAGUUCAAAGAAUGGGCAGACACGCACGGCAAGGAAGGCUUGUACAGGACCGAGAUGCUUGGAGCCAAGUUCGUCAUCGUGUCCGAUGAGAAGAUCGCCGAAGACCUGCUCGUCAAGCGAGCAAAGCACAACUCGGACCGGCCCAUGAUUCGCUCUCUGUUCGACUCGAAGAGUUCACAUGGGUCCAUGGAGUACCUCCCUCUGAUGGGCAAGAACCAGUAUUGGGCUCGUCAGCGCCGCUUUACCCACGCCUACCUCACCGAAGCCACCAACGCCCAGUACUACGGAAUCAUGAACUUCGAGGCCAAGCGUUGGCUCUACCGCCUCAUCCAAGAUCCGGAUGACUUUGGUUUCUCACUCGAGGACAUGGCAUCCAAGGUCAUGUGCCAGCUGACCUGGGACGAUGGCACCGAUAGCCCAACCCUGACCAAGAGUGCGUGGGGCCUGCUCACACAGAUGUCACCGGCCGGUCCCAUUACCAACCUCAUAACACCGCUGUGGCACUUGCCCUGGUUGCUCAACCCGUGGAAGCGGGCGGAGCGCAAGCGGCACGAUGACCAGCAGGCGUGGUGGCUGAACAAGCUUCAGGGUGUGCGCGAGAAAAUGGCCAAGGGUGAGAUGCGCCCCUGCUGGACCAGAUCCUACCUCGAAAACGAGACAAAGACCAACCUGUCGGGCGAUUACGAGGCGUCGUCCGUCAUUGGUAUGAUGGCUCUGGUUGGCAUCUUCACCGUCGCCGGUCCCUUGUACUACUUCCUCGUAUCUAUGGUCUACCAUCCGGAGUGGCAAGCCCAGGUGCAGAAGGAGAUCGACCAGGUAUGCGAGGGCCGCUUGCCCACGCUUGAUGACAUGCCUCGACUGCCCAUCCUUCGCGCCUGCCUCAAGGAGACUAUGAGGUGGAAGCCCAACGUUCCCACUGGCGUGGCGCACGAGACCGAGCAAGACGACGAGUACAACGGUUACUUCAUUCCCAAGGGUACCCGCAUCCUCCCCUUGGACUGGGCUUUCCUGCGCAAUCCGAUCAAGUACCCUGAUCCAGAGGCGUUCCGGCCAGAGCGCUGGCUGCAGCCUGGGUGGCCGACGUACCAGGAGCCCUUGACACAAUACCCCACGCUCAAGGGCAUGACCUCGUUUGGUUGGGGCCAACGCCAGUGUCUGGGCCAAUCGGUGACGCAAGACGAGCUGGUAGUGGCAUGCGGUGCGCUCGCCUGGUGUUUCAACCUCAAGCACAAGAUCGAUCCCAAGACAGGGCAGAAGAUCCACAUUCCGCUCGACAAAUCCAACUCGCUACUAAUCGUCAAGCCCGAUCCCUUCCAGAUGGCGUUCGAGCCCCGCAGUAACGAGCGCAGGGAGGAAGCCAUCCGCCUCUGGCACGAGGCUGAGGCGAAGGACGAGAGGCAGCGUGCUGACUUCCUCAAGGUGGCUGAGAUGCGCAGGGCUGAGGAGAGGAGGCUAGAUGAGAAGCUGGAGAAGCAACCGCUCGUGCAAGUGUUGGAAGUUUAA